AUGAAUGCUCAUGAUAAUCAUGGUGAAGAAGAAAGAGAACAUAUGAUUGACACUGAGAAUGAAGAUCAACUCAUGGAUGAGGAAGAUAAUGAUAGUAUGGAUCAAGAUGUCCAAAAUGAAGAUUUCAAUGAGCAAAUUAACUUUCCUUUGAAUGUUGAUGACCCAGGUAAUUGGGAUAAGAUUGACUAUAAUAUCAGAGACUUUUUGGUUGAAAGAGGUCCUCAAAGAGACCAUGAUUACAAUUUUCCCAAAGAUAGUAGAGGCAGACAUUUUUCUUCAGAACAUUUCUUUCGAUAUUUACCAAAUGGCGAGAAGCAAGAUCGGAAUUGGCUAGUGUAUUCAGAGUCUCUAGAUAGAAUAUUUUGCUUUUGCUGCAAGUUGUUUAAGAAGGACGAGCAGAAAAUUAAUUUGGGCAACAUAGCUGGUGUAGGAUACAAAGAUUGGAAGAACCUUGGUCGGAGGCUUAAGGGUCAUGAAACAAGUAAUGUGCAUGCUUAUUGUAUGAGUAGAAGGAUUGAAUUGAAAAAGAGACUACAAAAGAAUCAGGCAAUUGAUAAAAGCUAG